UCAGACUGGCAGCAAUCAGCGGUGGACCGGCUAUCUUUGUUAGCAAGCUCUAAGAGCACUAACAGAGACUCCAGACGCGUCCAUGCAAUAGCUAACUUUUUCCAGUCUUUUUUUAUUUUACUUUUUUUGGAAAAUGAUCAUCUGUACGAGUAAAAUGGAAUACCCCUUAAGAUCGCAGUGCCAGCGAGUCCAGAAACAGGUGAUGAUGAAUAGAGAGAAGGAACGAGUGUCGCUUCUGUUCAUGAAAGCUCUGGUCAGCAGGGGAAGUGUGGACACCGUGUCCCAGCAGAUGGCGUCUCACCGUCAGUAUCUGGAGAGCUUCCUGCGCACACAGCAUUACAUCCUGCACAUGGAUGGCCCCCUGCCGCUGCCCUACCGCCAUUAUAUUGCCAUCAUGGCUGCAGCGCAACAUCACUGCAACUACCUGGUGUACCUGCACUCAGCCCAGUUUCUGAGGGUGGGCGGGGACUCUUUGUGGUUGCAGGGUUUGGAGGCGGCCCCCCCUCGCCUUCGCCUCCUUGAUCACAUCAACAAGGUGCUGGCGCACCAACCUUGGCUCACCACUUGCUCCCACAUUCAGACGCUGCUAAAGGCAGGUGAGCAGUGCUGGUCGCUGGCUGAACUGGUACAGGCGGUAGUGAUCCUGGCUCACUGCCACUCCCUCUGCAGCUUUGUGUUUGGAUGCGAAACGGACUCUGACUUUGUCCCUUUCUCCAAAUCUCCCAAUGGUACCCCGCCGACGCUUUGCCUCUUCGAUGCCGCCAAUGGCAACACUAAUGUGCCCCAGUCGCUUGCAACUCCAUCUGAACAUAUAACACGACGACGGUCUUUGGACUCCAGUUGUGACAUGGUGUGUCUAAAGGAGAGGAUCCAGAAAUCCCAGGAGGAGUGCGAGAAGAGAGAAGAGCGCUUUUUGCAGACGCAGACACUCCAGCAAACAGACAUGGAAGAUGAGGAGGAGAUAAUGUGCUUGGCAGAUCCGUCGCGUUUCAUCACAGACCCUGACUUUUGCUAUCAGGAGUUUGCCCGCAGGGAUGAGGACCACUUCCAAGUGUUGAGAGUUCAGGACUAUUCAUGGGAAGAUCAUGGCUUCUCCCUGGUCAACAGAUUGUACUCUGACAUAGGGCACCUCUUGGAUGACAGAUUCAGGAGUGUUACCACCCUCCCCUCAUUCCACAGUCCCGACCUGAGGAGGGCGAUCUGGAAUUACAUCCAUUGUGUGUUAGGAAUACGCUAUGACGACUACGAUUAUGGAGAAGUGAACCAGUUGCUGGAGCGGGAUUUAAAACUGUACAUCAAGGCCGUGGCUUGUUUUCCAGAUGCCACAAAAACAACAGAGUAUCCACUGAGUUGGACUCCGCUAAAAACUUCAGAAAGGAUACACAUAAACUUACUAAUCAUGGAGGCCCGGCUACAGGCGGAGCUGCUUUACGCUCUGAGAGCCAUCACUCAGUACAUGAUUGCCUGAGCUCUCAGAGAGGCCCAAAGUUAAAACUCUUUGCCGGUACAGAGAGACCCAGAGGCACGAAGACAUCUGAACUGCAGACAGUGACGUGGGACAAGAGCGGCACUUUUCUCUUUUUUUUUUUUUCUUUUUCUUUUUUUAAGGACACAGAGCUCGAUUGUUCGUAGCCGUGUCUCAUGAAUGUGCUUUCUCUCUUUCAAAUUUUAUGUAUUUAUACCAUAUUGUGCCACUCCCCCUUCUUUAUCCCUCCUGCUGCUUGUCUUUUUGUGAAGUCCUCUUAGAUUCUGGCUCUCAAAAAGUUAUGUGCAAUUAUUAGAAGGUAUAUUCAUUUUACCUGUUGUCUUGUGUUCCUGUUUAGUCUGUGGGAAACUGCGUGGUUGGAGCAGUGUGUUUCUAGUGGCCAACACUCCUUUUUUAUUUAGACAAGUCUCCUUUUGUAUUAACUAUGCUUUCCCCAAAAAUAAGGAAAAAAAAAGACUCUUUUGUAGAAGUUGAUUGAAUGUAAAUGGGAGACCAGGGCCUUUGUUUUUAUUUUUUUUAAAU